UGGAACCAGAGAAACGAGGGGUGGUGGAAGUGGCUGGAGCUGAAGUGGAGAGUUUUUUUGGGGGGGUUGAGAGCCGGUUUACUUUCUCUCCUCCUCCCUUGCAGCGGGCGGAGUGAUACGCGGGGACUACUUUAAAGCGGCCGGUUCCUUCCAUUUUCUCGGCUUCUCCGAGCAGACUCGGCGGCUUUUCCGGGUUCGCCUUUAACCCCGUUAUUGUCGGAGAGGGGAAACCCGCAGCCACCCGCCCCGAACCCCGCCCGCGUAACCAGGCCAUGGCUCUCAAAAGAAUCCAUAAGGAGUUGAAUGAUUUGGCCCGAGAUCCGCCAGCACAGUGUUCAGCAGGUCCGGUUGGUGAUGACAAUUUUUAAUUUUUUCUGCAGUGUUCCAUUGGCAAGCCACAAUAAUGGGGCCGAACGACAGCCCCUAUCAGGGUGGUGUAUUUUUCUUGACCAUUCACUUUCCCACAGAUUAUCCCUUCAAACCGCCCAAGGUUGCAUUUACAACAAGAAUCUAUCAUCCAAAUAUUAACAGUAAUGGCAGCAUCUGUCUUGAUAUUUUACGGUCACAGUGGUCCCCAGCAUUAACUAUUUCAAAAGUUCUUUUGUCCAUUUGUUCACUCUUAUGUGAUCCAAAUCCAGAUGAUCCCCUAGUGCCUGAGAUUGCACGUAUCUACAAAACAGAUAGAGAAAAGUACAACAGAAUAGCUCGGGAAUGGACUCAGAAGUAUGCAAUGUGAUUACAUAAAAAUGUUGACGAACCUCUUAAAAUACAGCUGGGGGAACUUGCAAAACAAUUUUUUUUUGGUUUCCAUUUGACUGCUUUCUUUGAGCCCACGCCUCUUUCCCCUGUGCACAUGUUCACCUGAUCCAGCAGUGCUGCGUUGUUUUGUGUACAUAUUUGGAACAGCUGAUAGAAAUGCCCCUCUCAAUUGUUUGAAAUUCUGACUACUUACAAAGCAAGUGUUAAUGUCCAGUUCUUCAAUCAUAACAGUUUUGUGAGACUAAAAGCAUUCCUAUUCAUUGUAACAAGAUUGUUUAAAAAUUCAGGGUUUGAGUGCUUCCGAGGAUGGGAACUUUCCCUUUUAUAAAUGUAUGUUGGAAUUCUUUUAAACUCAUAAUGGUUAUGAAUAAUAGAAUGAAGAACUUUAAUUUGUUAAAUGUUUUGCAGUUUUUAUGCUGAAGAAUGCAAAUCUACAUUCAAGUUAAACGUUGGAAUGGAAAAUUGAAAGCAUACUUGUCCUAUGAAAUUAAAUGGUCAUUUGAAUUGUCUCCCUCAACAGUUAAAUGGAUUGGAGUUAUUAGUUAGCCAAUCAUUCAAUUUUCCUACACCUCUUUGGUUUAUAUUUGGCUUGCAAUGAAUGACUUGCUAAUAACUCUAAUUUUCUUUUUUUUUUGUUUUUGUUAACUAAUCUUAGCCUCACCUGGAUGUAAGGAUAAAAAUUCAUGACUGAACUUGUGUAUAUUUAAUGACCCAAAGGCUCUCCUGGAGCUUGUAUGUUCAAAAUGAUUAAUCUGUGUAAUAAACUGAUUACUAAAGUCAUUAAGUAUUUCUCUGAACAGGGUACAAGACAAACUAAGCAUUACUGUGCUAUAACCUGCUGGCAAUACUGAGCAUUUCUUUUUUUAAAAAAAAUUAGCAACUGGCAUCUGAGAUCAUGUCCACAUUUGUAAUUUAAGAUUGUUUGCAGUACCCUGCUUGCUAGGAACCACCUAUCUGUAGUUUGAUUAUUACAUGAUCAAGAUUUGUAUCUCAACAGCUAAAAUAUGGUACCUGAAACUGUUUAUUUUGAGUUAGUUAGCCUAUUAAAUUUUGGUCACUGGAUCUUC